CAGAUGACAGUGCUUACAAAAGGAUAUGUAUGCCACAAACGACGUAACAAUUUCGAAAGUAUCCUCCUAUAAAAUACCUAUUUCAUGCUACGCUAGCAAGCUAAAAAUCUGAGGUUAGUUGGAUUAAGGAAAAGGGGAAGAAACAAACAUCAUGUCCGAAUCUAACUUUGAAUCCUACCCUCCGUUGUUUCGCCCAGCAAACAUCCCAAGUUUGAACUCUGAUAAACCAGAGACACUUUCAAAGUUAGCAUUCGAUUCAGUGGACGCUGCUAUCCCUGUGAUUGACUUACAAUGCACAAGGACAACAACAAGUAUCAGCAAAGCGUGUAGAAAUUGGGGAUUAUUUCGUUUGGUGAACCAUGGUAUUCCAAUUACUCUAUUGAACCAAAUUCAAGAACAUGCUAAAAAGCUCUUCUCUCUGCCCUAUGAAACUAAAAAAACCUUCUUCUCAAUUAGUAGCAAUAAUAUGAUCAGUCCUCCUAUAUCCUACUUUUGGGGUACCCCUGCUCUAACUCCUUCUGGAUCUGCUAUACCACAAAAACGAGGUCCCCAACCAAAUAACCAGCAGAGCCUACAAUGGAUGGAAGGAUUCAAUGUUUCUUUAUCUCAAUUGUCACAUCUUCAUUAUCAAGAUUUAUUGCUCGAAACUUUCAG